UCAUGUCCUGUUUUUAGACAAAUCUGACAGAUCCUAAGGCUGUAAACAGACUAUUAGAGUACAGGGUAAAAUCCCAAAAGGCUCCAUACGUACGGGACUACAGUAUGCUUUCCAGCACCACGUCAGUUGUGCCUUCAUCAGUGGGUGUUUGUGAACGUCCACUUCUCGGUUGGUUCGCAAAACUUCCAUCUAUCUAUCCAUCUAUUAUCUUACACAGGGCCACGGGGGACCUGGAGCCUAUCCCAGGAAACUCUGGGCACAAGGAAGGGGACACUUUGGAUGGGAGGCCAGCCAUCACACGGCAAAAUCACACACACAUUCACACGCCACAGACAAUUUGGAAAUCCCAAUCAGCCUACAAUGCACGUCUUUCUACCGGGGGAGAAACUGGAAACCUUCCAGUCUUUUUGAAUUUGUUAAUAAGUUUGGCAGCAUUGUCAUGUGUGAUGUGUUCGCCGUGUUUCCUGUUAAAGUCCAUCGCAACCUUGCGACAGCUUCCUGAUCCAGCCAUGAGAAUGAUUUCAAUACGUUCUUCUUUUCUCAAAGGCGUUCUUAAAGAUUAUCUGAAAAAUUAAAAAUUUUGGAAGACAUUUUGCUAAAAAGUCUUAAUUUUCCCUAUGUAUGGAGACUUUUGGGACACCCUGUAUAUUACUAUAUUAUUACUAUAUAUGUGUUCUGGGUUUUUUUUUUUUUUUUUAAAUUUAAUUUUAUUUUUUUAUUUUAAUCACCUUUUUAUGUUUGGUAUAGCUCUCCACAUAUUCCGGCGGUCACUACAAAUACAUACUCUGAGGCAAAACAUGGGUCUUUGUGGUGUCCCAUGUUAUGUAAAUGGAGAAGAAAUAAUGAUGUGGUCCACCAACUUCAGCGAAGCAUCUCAACUUGCCUGUAAAUUCAAAAUGGUGAAGUCCAGCUAUGAUGAGGACGACCCUGCUACCUAAAACAUAAUUAAAUCAGAGAUGAUAUACUAUCUCGGUGACUGUGCAGGUUUUUCCUGCAAAAUAGCACACGGUCAAUACAGCCUGAUCAAUACUCAUUAAAAUUGCAUUAACAGAGAGCUGCUAUAUGAUCACCUAUCCAGCUAUAAUGUCAUAAUUUAGGAAGUAAGUAUUUUGCAUGAUUUUUAUUUCCUUUAAACCUUAUAAUGUGAUCAGUGGGCGGUCAUGGCAGCUCAGUAAUUGAUGCUUAGGGUUGGUGUGAAAGAAAAGAAAUGUUAUUUGAGCUUAUCUUUGUGAUGCUACACUAGGCUUAGUCUCUGGAGCAUCUCAUGUAGCAAUCAAUACAAACCAAGCAAAGGUGCAUAAUGGACCGUAUCACUCCCAGCUUUGUUUUUCCGCCUGUAGAGGCUCUAGAAAUAUAUAUACAUAUUUUAUUAUUAUUACUAUUGUAACUAUCUUAUUUUUAAGUAUCAGUGUCCAAGCAGUAGAUUUGUACACACUACAUUUUACUACAUAUUUCAUCAAUGUAGCACGACAUGAGUGCUUUAGUUUGAUUUUUCCAGUGAGUCCUGCUGCACAUAGUGCGCUUUCAUACAUCACUAUCACUACUCGGAAGUAGUGCCGGCUGAUCUAGUGCUUCUGUUCCCCACCGCCUUUUCUGCUUUAAAAAAAGCCUCCUGCGCUAUGAUUGGUCCCUGGCUUCUAAAUGAUGUAUAACUAGCCAAUCAUAUCUCAAGAGGGCGGGACUUUCAGGAAUACCGAAGGGGAACAGGAAAAUAAAUAAAUAAAGAAUUAAAUAAAUAAACAAAUGAGGGAGUUGUAACUGAAGGGGAUUUUUGUGUAAAUGUGAAAUUGGUAAAUAUUGAGUGCACAGCACUGUCGGAAUUCCCCAAACAAGUCUCGGAUAUGAGUUAAGAUCAUCUUUAUCCUGUGCUAAAAAGCCGUCGUGUAUGAUAAAGUUACGAACAUACUAGGAGUGGCAGCAGAGGUAGCAGCAGGGUAACGUGUUUACAGCAGGAGGUAGUUACACAGACAAAGAUCAGCACAGUCGACAUUCCCCGUGCGGAGAAAGCCGAAGCUGCUGGACUGUGAGUAUAGGGGGACGGGGUUGUGAAAUGUUUGGUGAGUCGCAGACAGACAUGGAAAGGAUGAGAACAACUGGAGUAAGGAGUUUGAUCUGGUCAGAUGGGUAGGCUGUAACGAAGAACACAUUCAAGUUGGUAUUAUGAAAAAGUCAACGGUGAGGUAACCAUCCGAUCACAUACCACGACUAACCGUGAAAUUGUAACACUGUUGUGUAAUUCACUUAAGUGUAUGAAGUGUAUCAUCUUUUGUUAAAAGUGUCAAAUUCAGUUGAGGUGUAAAUUGUUAUUGUCUUCUGGCAAACAUGUAUAUAUCUUAUGUAGCUUCUGGAGGGCAGUACUAAAUGAAGAAAAAAAAAAGAUCUUUAAAUAGAAUAAUAAUUUACACUGAUCAUCCUGUUUUAAAGUUUACACCCCCCUCCCUGGAUCUUCAUGUAUCGUGUUGUCUUCUUGAGCAUCAGUGAACGUUUGCACCUUUUGUAAUAGUCGUGUACGAGUCCUUCAGUCGUCCUCAGUGUGAAAAGACGGAUCUGAACAUCAUAUAGCCGCUGUUGGAAAGGGGUCAAAUAUGCAGAAGAGGCUGGAAAAGUAAAGAAUGUGCAGGACCUGGAGGAUUUUUCUGAAGAACAGUGGGCGGUUUAACUGCUCAGGACAAACAAGGGACUCAUGAAGAACUCUCACAAAACAUAAACACAGUCGCUGAUCAUCCAGAGCUCAUCAGGAUGAUUCCUGUGGUGCCCGAGUUGUUCACUCAUGUCUUGACUGAGUUUGACAGUUUUGACCCUUUAAUUUCUGCCCUGCGCCUCGACUCGGGGAGACUCAAGUGCACAUGCCUUGCAGUAUCACGGAAAUGGCUUGCUCUUGGCACCUCAGCAGGAGGCCUGCACCUCAUCCAGAGAGACGGAUGGAAACAGAGACUUAUCCUCUCCCACAAGGAGGGUUCACUCACACAUAUAGCAUGUUGCCCUCAUGAUGAAGACUUUAUUGCUGUAGCAACAAGUGAGGGUCUUGUAGUGAUUUGGGAGCUGCAGGUAGAGCGGCGAGGGCGUCCUGAGCGGGCCUGUGUAUCAUGGGAGCACCGUGGCCAGGCCAUAACAGCUCUGUGCUGGGACACAGCAGCCUUACGAGUGUUUAUAGGAGACGCAGCAGGGAAAGUGUCCUUUGUGCGUGCUGGUACCUCCAAACUCGGCAAGGGUUCGGCAUUUGUGAUCUUCCCGGUUCAGACCAUCACGACAGUUGACUCUCGCGUGGUGCAGUUGGGAUACCUGGAGGGUCAUCUGCUGGUCUCUUCUCUUAGCCGCUGCUACCUCUGUGACACCGACAGGGAGAAGUUCUGGCGAGUGGGGAACAAGGAGCGUGACGGAGAGUACGGAGCUUGUUUUUUGCCGCAGCAUCAGACCGGAUCGAGGACACCAGGCGCAGGCACUGCCCAUCUCGUGUACUGUGCUCGGCCGGGCUCACGCAUUUGGGAGGCCAACUUCAGCGGAGAGGUGCUCAGCACCCAUCAGUUUAAGCAGUUGCUUGCCUGCCCUGCUCUGCCUCUCAUCUCUUACAAGAUUGAGCCACAUUAUAACCCAGGUCAGAGGAUUCCUCAGUCCCUCACGUUUCCACGGCUACUUCACCUCAGUGAUCAUAACCUCCUGACAUGGACGGACUCUGCCAUUUAUAUCUUUACACCUCACAGUGGGCAGGUUUUGCUGUGGACCAAAAUAAAAGAUAUUGUAGACGUGGCAGUGUUUCGCAAUGAGCUGUUUUGUCUCCAUGGUGAUGGGCAUCUGUCUCACCUGCUGUUGAUGCCUGUUGAACGCUGUGUGGAGAGACUGAUGAAGCGAGAGAGCUGGACACUGGCUGCUACUGUCUGUUGCAUGUUCCAGCACGCUAUAGUAACAUGCAGGGCAAGAAAGACCAUCCCUAUUGAUCGCCUCGAACAUCUCAAGGCCCAGCUGAACUCUACCUCCCAGGAGGAGCUGAUUGGUCAGCUGGAGGCAGUAAUCAGCAAGAUGGAGCCUUUUGACUCUGCCUGUAGCAGUCGCAGAAGCAGCUUCUCCUCUCAUGAAAGCUUCAGUGUGCUGGACUGCGGCAUCUACCGCGUCAUCAGCCGUAGAGGCAGCCAGUCAGACGAGGACACCAGCUCCCUCCUUAGCCAGUCAAUGCUGGAGGAGGAAAGGAUGAAGGAGUUUAGCUUUGGUCAGGAGGAGGAGCAGGUGGAGCCUGACCCCCAGUCAUGUGUGCGUGCAGAGGGGGACAAAUCCGAUCUCUGCCUGCAGUUCCACCUCCCACUCUCAUUCCGUCCAAAACCACCACUCAUCGCACUGCAGGCUGUUAAAGACAGUGUUUCAAGCUUUGUGAAGAAGACGACGGAAAAAAUCAACAAUCUGCAGAUGAACUCUGACCUCUGGCCCCGACCGGACCAUAGGGAAGGUGGACAGGGAGAGGUCACACCCUCACUGACUUCAUGUACAGAAGAAUUAGACAAUGAGGAGACUGUUGAGAAAGCCGAGAAGGAGUUACACGAGCUAAGGGCGGCAACGGAGAAAGCCACCUUACAGAUCCAGGACCCUGUCGUUCUCUUGGAUACCAGGUACUUGACCGAGGUGUUCCUAGAGUGGGUCCCUAUUCUAGAAAGGGUCUUGGGUCCAGAGAACCCUACAAGCAGAGAGAGGGACAAUGGGGAGAUCAAGGAGGAGGAGGAGAAGAAGAAGAGCUUGGAAAUGGAAGACGCUGACCCAGACAGACAGCCCUGUUCAGCUGACCGUGGAGUAGGAUGCCAGACAGAAUCGGAGCACACCUCAAACCUUGUAGAGGAAGAAAGCCUUACAGACAGUACUCUCAGCUCCACUGCUGUGUUUGCAGAAUCUUCAGUAGCCAUUGUAGCUCCAGUGGCGUACACCCUGCCUUUAGACCUCCUGGAUGACCUCUCUCAACUCGCGUGCCUCUACUUGGACUUGGGCUGCCCAGGUGGAGCAGGUGACGGAGAGCUGGAGAGGGUUUGCGUGUUUCUGCGGAGGUUCUUUUUCCUGCUGGAUAAGGAGAGAGUGAGGAAGAUGUGCACUUUGAGGUUCAGGGAGCAACCAGAUGUCCUAAAUACCUACGUUGCUUGUAUGCUAGAGUUUACCCAGGCCAGUAAGGUGGUGGAAGUCAUUCAGAAAGGAGAUUUACUGAAGUCACUGCGCAGUCUGAGAGAGCUGCAGCCCUGGAACGCUCCAGUGCUCCUCACACACCUUUACAGACUGUAUGAGAAGCAUGGGGAGAUGGCCGUUCGGGCAUACCCCCAGUUCUAUCCUACAAUCCUACCCUCUGACAUCAAAGCCAUGGUCCAACCCAGUCACUUUUUGCCAUACCUAGACAACCUGGUUCAGUCCCAAGCUGAAGAACAAAGACUCUCUUUCUUAGGGUCACUGCUUCAGCCUGAGACGCUACGACAAGUUUGGUUGGACCUAGCUCUCAUCCAUGAUGCACCACGGAAAGAUGAUACGAUGACAGCUGAUGGACAACCAAAGUGGCACUCUCACUUCUUCUGCUGGGGUUAUGGACGCCUGCUGUCCUUGCUGAUCCGCCUGCCUGCCGACUUAGACUCCAAACAGAAGAUGAUGGAGUCAUGCAGACUUCAUGGUUACUGGACAGGCUAUCUCUACCUGUGCAAAGAGCUGCACCAGCGCACUGAGGCUUUCUCUGCCAUCUGCAGAUUAGAUGAUAUGAGUCUACUGGAGGAACCCAGUGGUAUCGUUCCACAGACCAUGGAAGAGUGGAUGUUCCUGAUUCAGCUUUGUCAACAGAGGAACUCCACGAGCCCUUCAACAACCAUUUCACUUCUUCCUUCUGACCCUACCGCCUGUCCCUCCACACCUAAUACAAUUAACGGCACCAGUGCCGAUAGCUGUGUGGAUAACACUAAUGGUAAAGGCAACGAUGAUGGGCCCGUUGACCUGAUCAACGGUUCGGCGGAUUGGAGCAGCCGGAUCAGUGUGGAGAAGUUGAUACUGUGCCUGGCGCGGAUUGUAGGGCCGGACCGGGCCCUAGCAGCGCUGCAGGAGUGUGGGCUGAACUCGGAGCUGAACACUCACGCUACACUGGUGUGUGAGAUCCUGAGAGUGGCAGAGAAGAGGCAGAGAGCUCUGAUCCAGACCAUGCUGGAGAGGUGCGAUCGGUUCCUUUGGUCUCAGCAGGCCUAAUGAAGAAUCCUCUUCCCUGAUCUGCUCAUGACCUUACUGCAGCCCUUCAGCAACCACCAGGACAGUCAAGACUGCCUGUACUCUUCUAGCUUCUACACUACAGACUACAUUUAUGGCAUUUGGCAGACACCCUUAUCCAGAGUGACUUCCAUUUAUCUCAUUUAUACAACUGAGCAGUUGAGGGUUAAGGGCCUUGCUGAAGGGCCCAACAGUGGUAGCUUAGCAGUGCUGGGGCUUGAACUCCUGACCUUCUGAUCAGUAACCCAGAGCCUUUAACCACUGAGGUACCACUGCCCACAGUCUACUUCAUCAUAUCCCAGAGAUCCUACUGUAGGUACAUUAAUCUCAGUGUUUGCCUGUUGGUCUGAAUCCAGUUUUGCUUUUCACUACCAGCUGAUUCAGUGUUGUUGUUGUUGUUGUUGUUCAGAUUGUAGUUUAGCACUCUUUGUGCUCCAUAUAUAUGAGUUUUACUUGCAGAUGCACUUUCUCAAUGAUACGUUUGCAAUUAUGCUAAAUAGCUGUGUGUGAUUUUUAUAUCCAGACCAACAUGUUAGGCAGGUUUGUUUGCUAAACACUCUUGAAAAAAGAAAAAAAAGAAAAAAAACAAGAGCGUUCAAAUACGGUCUUCAGAAAGGAGUGAGUCGUAUUUGUACACCACGCACUAAACCUUUUAUGAGUUAUGUUUGUGUUUUGAUGACAUUAACAUUUUUUUUGUUUGCUUGUUUAAUAAUAAAGUGCAAUAUUAUUUGCUUAAAGUUAUUUAUCUAUUUAAUUGAACGUUCUUUUAAAAUAUAUGUGAACAUUUUGUGGGUCUUAAAAACAAAAACUGGAUACGAACAAAUACCUUCUAGAUGUUCAAUAGACAUUUUCAUUUGAAGAUUAUGUAAUAAAAUAAGAGUAUUGUAUAAACUUUGCUUCGUUGUCGACUUGCAGCUAUGGCAGCUGCAGCGACAAUAAUAAACAUGUCU